GUAUUUUGAUACUCAUAAACUUUUCCACGAGGAUGCUCCAAAGCCAAACCAAAAUGUUUUCCCAUACGAACAUUUAGUCAUCAAUGAAGAUGCUAAGAAACAUACACAAGACCCAAUCGUUACUGGUACAUCCAUCUUGGGUAUUAAAUAUAAAGGAGGAGUAAUGUUGUGUUCUGAUACUCUUGGAUCAUACGGUUCUCUUGCUAGAUUCCGUUCUGUUGAAAGACUCAGAAAGGUUGGAAAUAAUACUCUUAUCGGAGCUUCAGGCGAAUACAGUGAUUUCCAAUAUAUUGUUGAUUUAUUAGAAAAAUUAGUUGAUAAGGAUUUCUGUGCUGAUGAUAAGAUUGAAACUCAACCAAAGGCAAUUUUCCAAUACUUGGUGCGUAUUAUGUAUAACAGAAGAAACAAAUUUAAUCCAUUGUGGAAUACACUGAUCGUUGCUGGUGUUAAAGAUGGUAAAUCAUUCUUGGGUUAUACUGAUUUAUUAGGAUCAAACUUUGAGGAUGACACUAUGGCAUCAGGUUAUGGUGCUUAUUUGGCCAAGCCAAUUCUCAGAAAGUUCCUCGAUGAAAAGGGAGGAGAUGUAAAUAAUAUCACUGAACAAGAAGCCAAGGAUGUUUUGGAAAAGUGUAUGAAGGUUCUUUACUACAGAGAUGCUAGAAGUAUUAACAAGAUUCAAAUUGCUACUGCCAACGAAACUGGACUCAAUGUUACUGAACCUUACUCACUCCAAACAGAAUGGGCUUUCAAAGGUUUUUAAUUGUAUAAAUCAAAAAUAAAUUUACAAUUGUAUUUUAGAG